AUGUCACCAUUAGUCUUUCUCUUGAUGCUGGCUCAAAGUUUUGCUUACAUAAUAAGCAGUGUCAGCAUUGGUACGGCAUCGGUAAUAUUAAUUUAGAUUUCAGCAGGAGGAACAACUACAUUUACAAUAACUUUAACAGAUGAUUCAGGAACCACGUGCAGCUCGGUGUCAAGUAUUAAUUUGUAUGCUUAUCUAACAUCAGGAAGCUCAAGUAUUGGUGCUUUUAAAGGGACAACAUCAUCAUCUUGCUCAGCGACCAUCACAACAGCAGCAAUAUUAACGCCAGGAACAUAUGAUGUUACUACUUGAUGUGACACCUGUACAAGCUCGGGAUCUUCUUCAACUUCAUCCUCUGCCUUAACAGUAAGUGCAGCUCUUUCGAAAAUGAAGAUUUCAUUGAGCACUUCAAGUACUACUGCACAAACAGCUUUUGGAUUGUCUUCCAUAAACCUUUAUAAUCCUGAUGGAAGUGCUUAUGGAUCAUCUGCAACAAUUACAUUUUCAUUGCUUGACUCUAGCGCAACUCUUACUAACUCAGCAGGAUCAACAUCAACACUAAGUAAUGGAGGGAACCUCUCAAAUGUUUUUAAAAUUGAUAAAGCAGGGACUUAUACAAUCCAAGCUACAGAUGGAACUAUAUAUGCUUAUUCUGAUCCAAUAACUAUAACUGUUGGCUCAGUUAACAGCAUUACGAUUGAUACAAUUUCUAGUCAAAUCGUCAACAAGGCUUUUACAAUUACUUAUUCAUUAUACGAUGCAGGUGGGAAUAAAGUAACAUCAGAUCCUACAACAACUUUAUCAGGGUCUGGAGUAACUCAAAUUUCGCAUCCUAGUUUUUCGUUCUCAGCAUAUUGCACUUCAACUGGAUCGAUAACGAUAACUCUUACAAGCAAUUCUAAAACCCAGACCUCAACUUUUACAGUGAAUAAUGCAGAAGCUCAAAUUACUUUGCCAAACUCUAUCGUAGUUGAAGGAGAAACCAAUUUUCAAUACAAAAUUCACCUUAUUUAUCAGCCUUAUAACGACAUGGUAAUAACUAUUGCUCCAAGUGAUUCGACUCAAUUCACUCUUUCAGCAACUUCGCUUACAUUUACAUCAAGUAAUUAUGCAACAGAUCAAACUGUUACUGUGUCUGUAUUAAGGACUUCAAAUAGUAAUUCUCAAUGAACUAGCAAGAUUACCCACUCUGUUACCACUUACUCAACAGACUUUGUAUCUUCUUUUUCUGCUGUUUCAUCAUCAGGAGACCUAACUCUUACAGUUUUUCAUGAAAUCACUACAGCAGUUAUAAUAGAUUCAGUUCCUGUUAUGGUUGAAGGAGGUACCAGCGUAACCUAUCAUGUUUAUCUUUCUCAAGCUCCUACAGCCGAUGUUAGAAUAGCUAUUUCAACCAGCGGUGGAGAUUUAACGAUUUCCCCGACAAAUUUUUUCUUCACAUCAUCUACUUGGGAUCAAUCAAAUCAGAAAACAGUGACUGUCACUGCUCCUUAUUCUAGCUAUAACACUGGAGGCAUCAAUUCAUAUACUCUUACUCAUGCUAUCUCAGCAGAUGACCCAUAUUUCACCAACGCUGUAAUUCUUCCAACUCCUUGCAACGCCUAUGUCAUCAAAAAAGACACGUCAGCUGUCCUUAUAUCUGAAUCAGUGGUCUUUCAAGAAGGCUUAACCGGAUCAUACAGCAUCGUCCUUACAACUGAGCCACAAGACUCCGUCACAAUUUCUCUUAGUUCUACUUCAACCAUGAUUUCAUUUUCACCUACUUCUCUAGUGUUUACUAAAAGCGAUUAUGAUAUUCCUCAAUCAAUUUCUCUGAGUUCAGUUGAAGGAAGCUCACCAAGAGGCUUACAAUAUUCAAUAACAAUCACUCAUACAGUUACCUCACUCCCCCCCCUUUAAAUUGAAACAAAAAAUUUUGUUUCAAUUUAAAGGGGGGGUUAAGAAAAUUUUUUAUAAAAAAAAUUUAUAUAUAAAAAUUUUUUCAGAGAUAAAAUUUUAUAGAAAAUAAAUUAUAUAAAUUUAAAGAGACAAUAAAUUGAACAAUUGGAUAAAAUAGAGUUUAAUUUCUAAAUCUUAUAUGUUUGAAGCAUAUUAAAUAGGGUAUUAACGUAUUUACAUAUAAAAUAAUGAUUUUUUACCUAUAAAAUUUUCUAUUAUAAUAAAAUUUUGUUUCAAUUAAAAGGGGGGGUAAUUUCCCAAAAAAGUAGGAAUUUUACUAUAUUUUUGUUUCAAUUUAAAGGGGGGGGGGAGUCAGGAGACUCAAGCUAUAACGGCAUCACUCCUAUUCCAGGAAAUGAUAUCAAAGUCACUGCUGUCAACCCAUGCAGAGGAGGCUUGUGGGCUUGGCCGCCUGGUACUGGAAAAUGCAACUUAUGUCCUCAAGGCUACAAAUGCCCUACUUUAUAUGGAGAUAAAGUUGCCUGCAGCUCUAACCAGUAUUCGCCACUUGGAGUAUGGAACUGUAUUGACUGCCCUCCUGGGCAUUCUUGUGAUGGAACUAAUAUGCCUAAACCUUGUGAUAUUGGGUAUACUGCUGCUUGGGGUUCUGGAGUAUGUACAGCUUGCACUGGGGUCUCUUGUGACUUGCAUGGACAUGGUAAUGUAGCUGUUCCUGAUGGAAUGUAUAUAAGAGGAGAUGGACACAGCUUAUACCAAUGUCCGCCUGGGUCAAAAUGCACUGGAGGCUCUUACAGCACUUGUUCAAGUGGACAAUAUUCUCCGCCUGGUUCUUCUACAUGCAUUAGCUGUCCUUCAGGUGCAUAUUGUCCUAAUACCAGCAGCUCUCUUCCAGUUCUAUGUGAUCCUUACAGUUACUCUACAGGAGGUACCGAUACUUGUCAUUACUGCCCAGUUGGCUACUCAUGUACUUCAUCAGGCAAAACGGCAUGCGCAAGCGGGAAAAUUUCUUUGGAAGGCUGGAUGGAAUGCUUGACUUGUGAUGUUUUGUGCCAUGGAGGAGGGUCCUCAAGCAAAUGUAGCUGGGGCCAGUAUCUGGAUUCUUCAAAUAUAUGUCAGACAUGUGAUGCGGGCUACGAGUGCGACGGAACAUAUAAAAAGCCAUGCCCAUUAGGGUACUAUUCUUCAUCAGGAGCUUCAGGAUGUAUCAGAUGUGCUAUUGGAACUUAUAGUAACACUAUUGCUUCUACAGCUUGCACCAGCCUUUCAACAACUAAAGCUACAAUAGCGAAUAUGGUUCACUUCGGAGAAAUCGGAUGCUAUAGAGGUUCUGUUAAAAAUUCUGGAGGCUAUGCAUGCACUUCUUGCCCUCCUGGAAAGAAUUGUGACAAUCCGUUCACAACAGUGACUUGCCCUGUAGGAUAUUUUUGUCCAUCUGUGCCUCUUUAUCAAAGCUCAGCAGCAACCCAAACUCCAUGCCCAAGCGGCUAUUAUACAGGGAGCACGGGUGGGACCAGUCUUAGUUCAUGCAGCUCAUGUGCGGCAGGAUACUAUUGCACAAUAGCAAGCUCAGCAGAAACUACAUGCCCAGCAGGCCAUUAUUGUCUUGCUUAUACAUCUAUUCCUGACAUGUUUCCUUGUCCUGAAGGAUACUACAGAGCCUCAACUGGUGGAGCUGCUUCAUCAGACUGCUCAGCUUGCACCCAAGGAUAUUUCUGCCCAGAAGGAACGAGUGUCCAAUAUCCAUGCCCAGCUGGCACAUGAUGUGCAGCUCAAUCUGCUUAUGUCAACUAUUGUGCUGCAGGCACUACAUCAGCAAUGUCUGCAGCUUAUACCAGCGGAAGUUGUUCGGGUGCAACUUGCACUGCAGGAUAUUAUUGCACCCCUGGAUCUGCUCCUCUUCCAUGCCCAAUUGGUACUUAUAACACAAACACUGGAAAGGGAUUUGUAUGGGAUGCCUGCACUUUUUGUGACGCAGGCUAUGCUUGCAAACAAAUGGGUCAAUCUGCUACAGCAACUACAAGUUGUGAUGCAGGCCACUAUUGCCCUGAAGGGACUGAAUUUGCCCGCCAAUUUCCAUGCCCUGCAGGCUACUAUUCAGACUCAACUUCCUUGAAUGAAGCAAGCGGAUGCUUUGCUACAAAUACUAGUCCUGAUAUUGGCUCAUGUACAGCUGGCAAGUAUUGCCCUCCAGGCACUGUUUCAACAACCCAAAUUUCUUGUCCUAGAGGUUACUAUUGCUCUCUUGGGACUGUUUUUAGUCACACAACCCCAUGCAGCGCAGGCUAUUAUUCUUGGUCACGAGGAAAUGCUGGUGACUCAGACUGUACAAUUUGUCCUAGUGGCAGAUAUUGUAUUAGAGGGGCAUCUCAAGUCUCUGGCUGGUAAUACAUAAACCCUCCUACUCCCCUCAAUACCAAAUUACCUAGUCAUGAUAAUAAAAAAUAUAAGAAAUAUUGCAGUAUUAUUUAUCCACGCGAUUAAAACGCGAUUUAUAGCAUGUUUCCAAAUAUAUGAAUACUUUAUUUCACAUCCCUACUAUAUACAAAUUUUUACAUAGUAAAAUUAUUUAGACUAAUAAAGAAAUACGCUGAAUAUUGCUAAUUAUCGCUUUUUAAGUAUAAAUAUAGUUGAAUUCUGCUUUAAAAUGGAUAGACACAGAUAAAUAGAUUCAAGCAUAAUUAUGUAUCAUAGGCACAUACAAUAGCAUCGAUUUUGCUAAAUUAAUGCGUUUAAAAAAUUUUAUAUGGUUAAAUAGCUUAUUUUAUAUAUUAAGCAUGAUAUAUCUCAUUUAAGUUUAAUACAAAAUUUUAGCAAAUUUGCUAGUCAUAUACAAUUUUGUAUAUAGUAGAAUAUGAUAAAAGUAUGAAUAUGUGUGUAAACAUGCUAUAAAUCGCGUUUUAAUAGCUUAGGAGCGAAAAUGUUGAAUGCCUCUAUAUUUCUUAUUAUCAAGACUAGGUAGAAGGUAGGAAGAGGGUGGGUUUAGGCUUGACCAUCUGGCUAUUGUUCUCAAGGAUAUUACUGCGCCUCAGGCUCCACUCUUCCUGAUAAUAAAAACAAACAGUGCGGCGAUGGAAAAUAUCAACCUUACUAUAAUGCAACAUCAUCUAGUGACUGUAAGACUUGUCCAGCUGGCAGUUUUUGUUGGGCUGGUUCUGCUUUCCCUAUCCUUUGCCCAGCAGGAACUUAUUCUAGUGCUUCUACUGGAAGUGAUUCCAGCUGUUCUUCCUGCACUGCAGGCCAAUAUUGUCCUCAAGGAACAGCAUCUGGGUCUCUACUUGAUUGCCCAGCUGGUUAUUAUUCAAAUGCAGGUGCUUCUACAUGCACAAUUUGCCCUAAUGGAUAUUAUUGUGAGGGAGCUACAUCAGGAACAACUUGUCCUUCAGGAAAAUUCUGUCCAAUAGGAACCAGUGUGGAUCCAACAUCAGAUUCAGAUUAUGAUUGCCCAGCUGGAUACUAUUGCGCUUCAGGCACAACAAGUCCUACUCCUUGUUCUGUAGGAAAAUAUAAUCCUGAUACCGGGAAAUCUAGCUCUAGCGACUGCACAAGUGCCGAUGCAGGCUAUUAUUCUCUUCUUGGAUCAUCUUCUAAUAUUGGUUACUGCGAACCUGGAUAUUAUUGCCCAGAAGGGUCAACUGGUCCAUAUCAAUAUCCUUGUCCUGCAGGAUAUUAUCGAUUCACGAUUGGUGCCACUGAUUCAGAUGACUGCUCUUCAUGUACCGCUGGAUAUUAUUGCCCGUUAGGGACUGCUUCGCCUAUAAUCUGUCCAAUUGGCUACUAUUGUGAAUCCUCAAGCUCCACGCCUGCUUUUUGUCCGUCUGGAACUGUUGGGUUGUCUGAAGGAUUAACAUCAAGUUCUGCCUGCACAGAUUGCCCUACAGGGUCUUAUUGUUCAACUCCAGGGCUCUUAGUUCCAGAUGGUUCUUGCACUCAAGGCUAUUCAUGUGACUCAGGUAGCUCUUCAUCUACUCCAACAGGUAGUGAUUGCACUGCAGGAGGAUACUGUGAGCCAGGGUUUCCAGCAAAAAGAAAUUGUCCUCCGGGCAGUUACAAUCCCAAUGAAGGUGCCAAAGAUGUAAGUUGGUGUUUGCCAUGCACAGCUGGAUACUACUGUUUAGGAAGUGAAUCAGAUAUUUCUACAAAUUUAUGUGCUGCUGGCUAUUAUUGUCCUACAGGCUCAUUUUGGUCUAACUCUCCCCCCCCUCCGUGAGUGAGCAAAAACAUUUUGUUCACUCACGGAGGGGGGUUAAUUUUAUUUUUUUAAAAAAAAUUUAUAUAUAAAAUUUUAUAAAAAUCAUUUUUUUUUCGAAAUUUAAAAAAAUCCUAAUUCGCAAAAAUUAGAAAGCAAAUAUUAAUUUAAUUUAUAAAAUUUAUGUUUUAAAAAGCAAUUCGUUUAAAAUUAAACAGAAUUAGUUCUAGAUUUCAUUAUACUAAUUAUCAUUUAUAUAUCAAAAUUUUUUUUCCAUAAAAAAUUUUUGUAUUAAAAAAAUUUUUGUUAACUCACGGAGGGUGGGUUUUUGGGCAAAAAAUAGGGAUUUUUCUAAUGGUUUUGUUCACUCAAGGAGGGGGGGGAGUAAGCAAAACAUUACUCCCUCAGGAAGUUAUACGACAUCUGGGCAAUACACUUACACUCAAUGCGCUCUUCCUCAGUAUAACCCUAUCUAUGCUCAGUCAACUUGUAUUGACUGCCCUCAAGGAUUUUAUUGCAAUGCGAACGGCAUGACUGAUCCAAUUGUAUGUCCUGUUGGUAGCUAUUGUAUUACAAAUCAAAGCUAUUAUACUCAAUGUCCCAUUGGAACUUUUAACCCUAGACUAGCUUUAACGCAGCAGUCUGACUGCUUAUACUGUCUGCAAGGCUAUUUUUGUCCAACCACAGGCCUUUCUUCUCUUUCCUCACGCAAAUGUGAUCCUGGAUACUACUGUUAUAGAGGAGCAACAGUUAAUAAGCCUAGUGAUGCAAAUACUGCUAGUGGAUACUACGGAAUCUGUCCAGCCGGAGCUUACUGUCCUCAAGGCAGUGCAGGCCCGAUUGCAUGCCCAUCUGGGUAUAUGAGAUCCUCUCAGCUUGGCACUCAAUCAUCUGACUGUACACAAUGCACUCAAGGUUACUAUUGCACAAAUGUGAAUUCAACGACUACUACUGAUCAAUGCGAUGCUGGAUAUUACUGCUUUGCAGGGUCUAGAUGACAAAGACCUUACAUUAUUGAUUCAACCCAUACACAAUAUUGCGCUGCAGGAGAAUACUGCUUAAAAGGCUCAUAUGAACCUACAGAUUGUCCUUCGGGAACUUACCAAGACUUAGAUUAUCAGUCUACCUGCAACACAUGUCCAGCAGGGUACUACUGCCCACAAGGGACAAGUGACUAUUCAGUCCUUCCAUGUCCUGCUGGCUAUUACUGUCCUUCAGGAACUCAAUAUAACAAUCAGUAUCCUUGUCCAUCAGGGACCUAUAAUCCGAGAACAGGAAUCUUAUCUUAUAUUAUCUAUAACGUUUAACGUCCACUACGGGGUCGCCAGCUCCAGAGCUGCCACCAUAUUUUUCCACGUGUCGGGCCCAGAGACCGCUGGGUCGAUCCCCUUUUGAUCACCAAAAGACACAGGUGAAUAUGAUGUUCCGGCUUCGACGGGCUUCGCUGCCGCCACGGCUUUAUUUCGACUCAGCUCCUGCGCGUGUUCCGCCUGAGGGUCCAUCUCCCUUGGGAUGUGCUGAGGGGGUAAAAACUCCAGAUCUUGAUCGCACUGAGGAGCAGUUCCUCUGGUUAUCUCCAAAGUUAAGCCGCUAUUGCUGUGCAGAAGUUCUUGAGGUGAAAACCCAACCCUAUAAAUAAAAUUGCUUGAGUGAGAGAAAGUUAGCGGAGCUGACUUCGCUUGAGCGAAAGCCAUUUUAUUUAUCCGAGAACAGGAAUCACUGAUUCUUCUAUGUGUCUACAAUGCCCUCCAGGUAAAUAUUGCCAGGACAUAGGCCAAAGUACUUAUGCAGGCACAUGCACUGGCGGGUAUUUCUGUAAAAAAGGCUCAAAAUCUGCUACCCCCCAGGUUUCAUACCCUGGAGAUUCAAAUGGUGGAAAGUGUAUUGCAGGGUAUUACUGCCCUGCUGGAGCUGCAUAUGCAUUUGAAUGCGAUGGAGGUUAUUAUUGUGCUACUGGGACACUUAAUGCUCCAACUGGUCAAUGCAGUGCAGGCUACUAUUGCAUUGGUGGGUCAACUACUGAUAAACCUACUGAUGGAACUCAUGGUAAUAUUUGUCCAGCAGGCUAUUACUGCCCCAUAGGAUCCAUUUCUCCAAUUGCAUGCCCUAAAGGAACAUACCUGGGCUCUAAAGGAAAUGAUGACGUAUCUGACUGUAUUAAUUGUCCCGCCGGAGAAUACUGUGGAGAUUCAGGACUUUCGGCCCCAACAGGAUCAUGUGCAGCAGGAUUUUAUUGUUCUGGAUCAAAUUACGAAUACAUGCCGCUUUCAGGAAAAUGUACUGCCGGUAAUUAUUGUCCAGCUGGAAGUGGCAGCCAAACAUCAGUUUCUCCAGGGUAUUACCAAGACCAGACAAUGCAAUCAACUUACAAGAAGUGCCCUCAAGGCUACUAUUGUCCUAGCUCUGGAAUGACAACUCCUACCGCAUGCGAGGCUGGCUAUUAUUGCCCUCAAGGAUCUAUAAACCAUUUAGAAUGCCCAGCAGGAACUUAUAAUGAGAAAACGCAGCGUUGGCAGCUCAGCGACUGCUUGUCUUGCCCACCAGGCAAAUACUGUGAAGGAACAAGUAACGUCAGUUGGGAUGGAGACUGCCAAGAAGGUUACUAUUGCAGAGGUGGCGCUGUCCAAAAAAAUCCAAAUAACGAUGCUCAAGGAGGCAAAUGUCCAAAAGGCUAUUACUGCCCAGCUGGUAGUGUUUUGCCUACUAAAUGCACUCCUGGCUCUUAUUGCGCUACUACUACUUUAGACGUCGUUUCUGGAAGCUGCACUCAGGGCUACUAUUGCUUGGAAGGAGCUACUUCUCCAACUCCAAGAGAUGGAGUUACUGGUGCUGUUUGUCCUGUAGGCUACUAUUGCCCAUCAGGCUCUGCAAUGCCAACUCCUUGCGAUCCUGGAUACUAUCAAUCAUCUCACUCCAGUCCUCAUCAGUAAUUAAAUAAAAAUACUUUGUUUGCUCACACAAGAAAUUGAUUUUUUUUUUUUAAAAUUUCCAUUAGGUCAGAAUUUGCAAAUUUAUAAAUUCUAGUAUUAAAAUGUAAGUUAUUUUAAAUUAAAUAAAAUCAGCUCGGUACUUUUUAUUUUAAUAAGUAUCACUUGCAUAUCAAAAUGAUUUUUAUAUUAAAAAUAAAAUUUGCUCAUUCACAGAGGUUAUUUUUCCUAAAAUUCAUGAUUACCAUUUCUCGCUCACAGAGGGAGAGCUAGCAAAAAUAUCAGUCUUCAGAUUGUAUUAUCUGCCCAGCAGGGUAUUAUUGUGCCCAUAGAGCUUCAUCAGUUAUCACAGGAAUUUGCACUGCUGGUUAUUAUUGUCCUCAAGGCCAAAUUACGCCAACUCCAAUUGCUUAUAUAUGUCCAUAUCAAUUUUUGGUGUUAUUAGCCAAUAGAGAAUACGGGAAAUCUAUAAAAUGCGAGCUAGAUAUUUCUAUAUGACAAAUAAUUUGAAUAGUCUCAUUAAUAAGAGCUAUUUAUUAUUAGCAAAUGCUGAUCUAUAUAUAGAGUAAAAAUUUUAUACUAAAUUUGACUGUAAAAAAUUAUAAAUCGAAAUUGUUCUGAUCUUAGAAUCAAGAAUUCACCCUUUCAUAUAAACAAUUGAUCCAUAUAUGAUCUCCAAUAAGUCUGUAGACCAAAAAUGAUAAAUGCUUGUUUCAAGGGAUUAGAUUAUCUUAUAUAUUAUUAAAAAAGGAAAUCGCAUGUUUCAUUGAAAGAGGAACAAUUCCGUUUUUUAAUGAGAGAAUGGUUUAUUAGACUCAAAAAAAUGGCUACAAAAAAACAUGCAAAGGGUACUUCUGCGCGUAUUUGGAUAUCAAAUAUACUUGCGUAAAUACACGCUAAAUCAUGCAGCAAGAUACCAAAAUAUGAUGUAGAUUUGAACUAUAUUUGCUAUAAUUUGCAUUUUAUCGAUAUAUAAAUACGAAACAUAUAUAAUAGAAAAAUACGAAAUCAUUCUCUCUAUAUCGCCAUUUUUUAUUUAAAAAGAAACAAUUUUUUAAUAUAAAUUUUUGCACACAAAAUUCAAGAUUUACUGUAGACACUUUGAAUAAACUGACUUUGUGAUUGUUUGCAUAGAAAAACUUAUUUUAAAAAAUAUAUUUAACAAAUUUAUUGUAUUUCCUAGACUUUAGAGAGAUUUGUCAAUUAAAAUACAGUAAUCUUAACUAACUUUUGCUAAAAAUAAUACUAAUGGUAAUAUUUUAUCUAACACCCUUUUAUUAGUUGAGGAACUUUAAAUUUCUGUAUUAAAUAAAUUUACGCACUUUAUGCGCUUUUCUUUCAAGCAUAUUUGCGCCUUUCAUAAAAUGGCGCAAACAUACAAUAUAUGCUCUAUAAAUAGAAUUUUAAGCUAUAUUGUAUUUAUUAAGAUAAUGUUGAUUAUAUUUAAUUAAUUUUAAAUUUUAUUAGUUGGAAUGAAUAGCAAAGAUUACUGUAUUUGCAUUAACUAUUUGGGACUUUUAAAGAGAUUUUUGAAAGCGAACUAUCAAUAGCAUGGUGCAGAAGUGUAAAAAUACUUAAUAUAAGUAAUUCCUUUAAUUAUUGAUCAGUUACAGUAAAUCUUGAAUUUUGUGUGCAAAAAUUUUUAUAUUAAAAUUGUUUCUUUUUAAAUAAAAAAUGGCGAUAUAGAGAGAAUGAUUUCGUAUUUUUCUAUUAUAUUUGUUUCGUAUUUAUAUAUCGAUAAAAUGCAAAUUAUAGCAAAUAUAGUUCAAAUCUACAUCAUAUUUUGGUAUCUUGCUGCAUGAUUUAGCGUGUAUUUACGCAAGUAUAUUUGAUAUCCAAAUACGCGCAGAAGUACCCUUUGCAUGUUUUUUUGUAGCCAUUUUUUGAGUCUAAUAAACCAUUCUCUCAUUAAAAAACGGAAUUGUUCCUCUUUCAAUGAAACAUGCGAUUUCCUUUUUUAAUAAUGUAUAGGAUAAUCUAAUUCCUUGAAACAAGCAUUUAUCAUUUUUGGUCUACAGACUUAUUGGAGAUCAUAUAUGGAUCAAUUGUUUAUAUGAAAGGGUGAAUUCUUGAUUCUAAGAUCAGAACAAUUUCGAUUUAUAAAGAAUUAACUAUUUUAUGUUUUAGGGACCAGCGGCAGAUACAAUUGCAAAGAGUAAAACAAUUUUUUUACAAUCAAAUUUAGUAUAAAAUUUUACUCUAUAUAUAGAUCAGCAUUUGCUAAUAAUAACUAACUCUUAUUAAUGAGACUGUUCGAAUUAUUUGUCAUAUAGAAAUAUCUAGCUCGCAUUUUAUAGAUUUCCCAUAUUCUCUAUUUUUUUUAAUGUGCGCAAUUUUUUCCCAUUUAUUUUUCAUAUAAUUUAAAAAAAUCAAGUAAGCAUUAGUGUGCAAAUCACUUUAAUAUUUGUCAAAAUGAGUGCAUAUGCUUUAUUAUCCCUACUUAUAUGUCCUAUUGGAAAUUACUGCCCUUCUCGUUCUGCAACUCAAACAAGCUGUGCAGCUGGUACUUAUCAAGAUCAAAAAGGGCAGUCAAGUUGCAAAAACUGUCCUGCAGGAUUUUAUUGUGACGCUGGCGCUACAACUCCUACAAAAUGCACUGCAGGCUACAUGUGUCCACUCGGCACUUCAAGUAGCACACGUGUCCCAUGUGGUAAUGGAGAAUAUCAACCAUUUGAAGGCCAAAGCAGCUGUUUAACUUGUCCAAUGGGCUACGAAUGUGGAGCAGGCCCUCUUACCAGCCCAACCACUUGCCCAAUUUAUAGUUACUGCGUAGCAGGUACAAACUCUCCGGCCCCAUCUUGUCCAUCUGGAACAUAUACUGAUGAAACAGGUCUCCAAUCUAAAUCUCAAUGCAAACAGUGCCCUGCUGGAAAAUAUUGCACUAAUGGCAAGAUACAAGCAGAUUGUGAUGCUGGCUACUAUUGCAUUUCUGGUUGCAAUACUCCAACUCCAGAUUCUUAUACAAAUACAGGAUAUGGGCAGCCUUGUCCUGAAGGUCACUAUUGCUUGGCUGGAGCUACAUUGCCAACACCAUGUCUGGCCAAGCAUAGGUAGCAACCCCACACCCCCACCCCCAUCCCCCCAAUAAGGGGAACCCCCACCCCCCCACCCCCCUCUCGGGUUUAUUCUAUAGAAGUAAUUGAUAGGAAAUAAGCAAAAUAAAUUAAAUAUAACCCAAUUAAAACACUAUAUUGAUAAAUUAAGUCCACAAAUUACUUUAUAUUUAUAAAUUUAAAUUAAUUAGCAAUUAAUUAGAAAAUAUAUUAAAUUUGCUUUUUAUAUUUAUAAAUAUAAUGCCAAAGAUAUAGAUAAUGGCAUUAAUUAUUAAAUGAGCCAAGCACAACACAAUAACUUGCAUUAAUUUAUUGAUUCAUACAUUAAAGCUAAUCUAAUGUCCAUUGUACAAGGAUUGCAGGACUGAAUUGGUAACAGGAUUCAAUAGUGGUAGUAAAACUAGUAUUUGCUAUUGUCAAUUUUACUUUUGGAUCUCUAAUUCGACUUUUAGCCAUUGUUCCACAAAGUUCAUAAAUAUAUGCAGGAUAUAUUGCUAAUUAAUACCAAAGAUCAUUAUUAUGCUCGCUAACAAAUUUUCAUAUGUGGUGUGCUUAGUAGUUAUAGGAAAUUCUCACCUCAUUCCGCCUACUCAUUAAUCGAUUGUGCUACGCUAUGUAGAUAUUGUAUAAAUCAGUAAUUUUGAAUAUUUAAAAUAAUAAUUUAUUUAUUACGUCUGCUCUAAAUUGGCAUUUGUCAUAUAUUUAUGCUAUAUUAAGGGGGGGUGGGGGUGCCAUCUGUGAAAGGGGGGUGGGGGUGCCAUUUUUUAGGGGGGGUGGGGGUACCACUUUUAGGGGGGUGGGGGUGUGGGGGUGUGGGGUUGCGACCCUAUGCUUGACCACCAUGUCCAUCAGGGAAGUUUAGAACUCAAACAGGAGGAGCCCAAUCAUCAGAUUGCACAGAUUGCGAUGCAGGUUAUUACUGUAUAGCCAAUGACCCAGUUCCAAAAGAAUGUCCAGCAGGUGCCUAUUGUCCAGCUGGUUCAAAUACCCCUACUUAUUGCAAUGCUGGCUACUAUUCUCUUUAUCCUCAGCAAAGCUCUUCAACUACCUGCACAAUCUGUCCAUCAGGCUACUUAUGUCUUUAUCAAGGUACAGCUGAUUAUUCUAACUACCCUUGCUCUCCUGGCUACUAUUGUACAACAGGGACACUCUCUUUGACAUCAUCUCCUGCAGGAGUUUAUUCCCCAGGCUAUAAAGCUGGCUCUGUUUCCGAUUUAGUUGACUGUCCUUCAGGAUAUUACUGUGUGGAGCAAUCAACUGGCUAUAAUUACUGUGUAGUUGGGGAGUAUUGCCCUACAAAGUCUUCAACUCCUUCUACUUGUUCAUCAGGAAACUACUGUGACAAUGUAAGUUCAAGCCCUACAGCAUGUCCAGCUGGCUGGUAUUGCCCCGGCUAUACUAGUGAAAUGUCUGAAUAUCCACCUUUGAUAUGUCCUGAUCGAAAAGUUUGCAAGCAAAGCUGCUCAUCUCCAGUCACUUGUGAUGCUGGGUAUUAUGUGAUAACUGCCACAACUAUUGUCAAUGUAGUAACACCUUCAUGUAAUGGCUGUCCUCCUGGGAAAUAUUCAACUGAUACAACUGAAAAGUGCUAUGACUGCUCUGCAGGCUAUAUGUGUACUGGAGAAACUCCGACCCCAACCCCUGUAAAUCUAGAUACUGGCUACCAAUGUGCUAAAGGGUAUUAUUGCCCUGUUGGAGCUUUAAAAGAAUACGCAUGUCCAGAAGGCACAUAUAGCAUUGAUGAAGCUCUGACUAGUUUAAGUGCUUGCACUAACUGUCCAGUUGGAAAAUACAACGACCUCCCAGGCCAAACUUCUUGCAAAACUUGCGGAACUUAUGCAACAAGCAAAGAAGGGGCUUCACAAUGCACUUGUAUUGGAAAUUACCGUGUCUAUCUCCAAGCCACUGGCUAUUGUGUAUGCCAAACUGGCUAUGAAUACAUUGACAGCUCAGGAAAUGACUUGAGCGAUAAAAAUGGCAAAGAUGACUGUGUGCAAAAGAUAAUUAAAAUAUGGCGUCUUCGUCUAGGCAUGGCCUCCCGGCCAUGCAGCCUCGACUCAUAUUUUAAUUAUAUCCGGCAAGGUUUUACCAUUUCAGAGAUGGACAGCAAUGCUAGGUAAGCAAUUCUGGUAGCUUUCAGAGCCUAGCCCUAGUCUAUUCUCAGGGGUGGAUUUUUCCUCGUGGGGAAGGAAGGUGCAGGGUUGGAAAGGGGAAGCCCAGCAAAGUCCUCUGGACCAUUCGGGCAACUCCCUAGCGUGAAACUGGGCGUUACGUCCCAGGCUUUGCAUUUUUCCCUUUUGCCGAUAGCCGACCAGAAAAAUCCAUUUUUUGGGUUUUUCGGAAAAGCAACCCAUGUACAAGCAAGUAGCUCAUCCAUGAGCCGUCGAAGACGUGGACAUUUGCCCUAGAAGCACCUUGGCGAUCGAAGCGAGUUUGUCUCCAGCAGGCUGGUGGGCCCGAUGCGACGAAAGGCGAGUGAUAAACCUGGAGUUGUAACCCCGUAGUGGACGUUAAGCGAUAUAAAUUCUAUAAAAUAAGAUAAGAUAAGACUGUGUGCAAAAGGUUUAUACAAGGUGCAACUCUGGAGAUGUCAGAGAUCAGUUAGGUAAAUGCAGAAGCACGUCUGAUUGCUCUAGUGAGUGCAAUGGAGGGAGCGGAGAAAGAUCUCCAUCUACUGGGCUAUGUGAAUGUACAGAAGUUGAUGACGUUAAUAAUAUUUGCAAUGAAAAUUGCAGAGAUACAAGUAAUACGAUGACUUAUAAUAGUGGAGGACAGUUUGUGAUUUAUAAUCCUACGACUGGAAAAUCAGAAGCAGUUGCUUCUACAGAUGUAGAUGGACUUCAAGGCAGCGCCGCUUGCUAUCCAGGCAAAUCUUGCAAAGUCCAUAGCGUUGAAAUGACCUCUAGUGGAAAAAUUAAUGGCCUUUUUGGUGUCACUAGUUCAGUUAAAAGCUCUAAGUCCUCUUCAAGAAUUCUAGCCACAACUGACAGCUCGAAAUAUAUCCAAAACCCUGUUAUUUGCUUAAACAUUGGUGAGACAAUGGCAUUUUCUGUUAUCAAGCCUGACCAUUAUCCUGUCUACAUGAAAAAAUCUUUGAUAAACUCCAACCCUACUUUUGACUAUAGCGAAUUCACUGCUCUUGCUGAUAGUAUGAAAAAUGGAGAAAACAUCACAGUAUUUGUAUUCACUUUUAACCAAGGCGGUGUUUAUCUAUUUGCAGAUGCUGCAGAUACAAGCCAGCAAAUGAUUGUAGGUGUGAUGACAGACAGUUCAGAAUGUCCAUACUCUGAUUCGCAACUUCAGCCACGAACUGCUGCUUCGAUCCACCUUAUAAGAACUAAUCUUAAGGGCGAUAUCAUCCAAAGUGUCGAUUGGAAAGUUGUAGUUGGCCUCAUGAUUUCUUUACUCCCCCACUUAAAAAAUUAGCAAAAUUUUUAGUUUUUGGGUAAUUUAACUCUCUUUAAACAGAAACAGCAUUUAAUGAUUAUAAAAAUAAAUAAUAAUUUUAUACAAAUAAUUUUUAUACACAAUUUAAGAAUAUAAUUAAUUUAUUUUAAAUAGGGCUCUAUAUUUAAGCAAAAUUAAAAUUUCCAAUCAAAAUUUUUAUAUUUCUUUUCAUAAAUUUAAAAUUUUUAUAUAUAAAAAAAUAUUCAAAGUUUGAACAAUUUUUUCCCCAACUAAUGUGUAGUUAGUAGUGGCAGUACUUAUAUUUACAGCUCUAUUCUAUUACUAUACCAAGUUCACCUGGGAAAUAAGACUUAUGAAAAGAGUGCCAUACAGAGAACAAAAUAAACAUCUUAAAAUCAUAGGUGAUGAAGGGACCCGAACAACAAUGCAGCUAGUUAUAGAUGGAAAAGAAGCGGGAAGUGAUUCAUCAGAGGUAGAAGAAAUAAGAGAAAUGAUCUUUGAAAAAGUCCCAGAAGUAGCUAGCUUUGAACCUACCAACUACUUAGACGAGCAUAACCAAGUUGACAAUUCUUUGAUUCAAGCUAUCAAGGAAAAAAUCAGAAACAACAAUAAGCUUGUGAUGAAAUUCUUAGAAGACAGUGCUGCAGACUCUCAAGAUAGACUACAAAGACUUGCUAACGAAACUGAAGAACUACGAAAUCUGCUCUAUGACUUAUUAAACCCUCUUAGCAAACUAGUCGGAAAGCCAGCGAAAAAAACUCUUGACGACAAACUAUCAGCUAGAGACGAAAGUAUCAUAGGAUCUGCCCCAACUACGCUCAUCCCUGACAUUGAAUAUCAAGAAGCACUCAACGAAAUUGCUGAAAACGGUGCUUUAAUUGACCAAGACAAAAACAAGCUUAUGAGUGAGCUUAAUUCUGAGCUGCAGAAGCUCGAAGAAAACAUCAAAGCAGAUAAAUCAAAGCAUGAUGAUGAACUUGCAAUGAGACUCGCUCUAAGAGCCAAGCGGCGAAAGGAGCUGGAAAGAGAGAAAAAGGAACUUGAAAGAGAAGAAAAAAAUCUUGCAAAAGCUCAGCAAAACGAAAUUUGGGAAGCCAAAAUGGUCUUUGAUGAAGAAGAAAAAGCCUUACAAGAAGACUUUAAUAGAGAAAAAGAAGAAAUCAGGAGGACUGUUCUUGGCAGUCAAGUCGCAGAACUGCAAGAUAAGCUUCAAAAGAUGAUAGAAGACCACCCAGAAAAGACACAAGAAUAUAUCAGGCAAUAUGAGCAACAUGUAGAAGCUUUAGAGAACAAUUUGACUAUAAACCAAAUGAGGCAGCACCAAGAAUUAGUCAAAAGACUUGAAGAAAAGAAAAACCAAAGAAGGGCUCAGCUUAAAGAAAAGCAAGCCAAAAUGGAAGCAGAAAUCAAAAACAAGCAAGCCAUGGAAAGAGAAGAAAUUGAGCAGAAGAAAAAAGACCUCGAAAUUGAAGAAGCCAUCGCAGAAGCUUUACCAAUCGUGACCAAAGACCAAACAAAUAAAGAACUCGAAGACCUCGAGAAAAAGCAUAAAGAUGAACUAAUUGAGUAUGAAAAAGAGCUGAAAACACAAGAAAACCAAGAAGUCACUGCACUACAGAAGCAAGCAACCAUGAAAGAAAGCAAACUGACUCAGCUAAAGGCAGACCUAGAAAAACAAAAGAAAAAACUUAUGGAGUCUGUUGCUACAGCUACUGAUGAAGAAAAAGAUAUUUUGUACCAAGAUUUAGCUAUGAAUGAAAUGAAACUUAAAGAACUUGCUGAAAAAGUCUCUCAGGAACAGAAGAAAAAUUUAGAUGACAGGCUGGAAUUUAGGAGAAAGAAGAGAGAUGAAAGGCUUAAAGCGCUUAAACAAAAGCAAGAAGAAGAAAGAAAAGCAGUAGAACUCCAAGCUAAAAAUAAAGCCAAUGAAAAUAAAGCAAUAGAAUUAGAGCAAGCAAUUAAGCAAGCACUUUCUAAACUUCCUGUUGAUAAACAAAAUGACGCACACAUAAAAAUGGCAUGGCGAGCCAGCCUGCCCUCUUGAAGCCUAUAGCCAGACAGGAGUCUAGGGACUUUUAUGGAAGGAGAGCAGCGAACGGCGAGUGUCUCAAGCCAUGUUUUUUUUGGUCUGAUGGAGCGCAGUGUCGGGCUGACCUAACGAAGGCUCGCAUCCAGUGCAAGGCUUUACCCCGAGGGAGGAUGGAAUUUGGAAAGGGAUACCCCAGCAGCAAGGACAAGUUUAUUCUCGAUAGAUAGCCUGACAAGAAAAUUUGCUUUUCUAAUUUUCGGAAAAGGAUGUACGGCACGGUGACCUAGCGUCUUUACCAGCAGAUUGCGAGUGCAAGCCCUCGACCUUAGGGAGCAACACAUGCCUUUAAGCCGUGGAAUUGGAUUGGCAAGCAGCAGGGUGUCGCGAAGCAAGGGACGUGAAAGCCGAUAUGGCCGCCCAGGAGCUACUCGAUAAUAAUCUAAGUUUAAGACAAACAAAAUGACGCCAUAAAAGCUCUUCUUGAAGAAAAGCACGAGCAAGAAAGACUCAAACUCAAGAAAAAACUGCGGAAAAAGCUGAGAGACUGCCAAAAGGAUGCUAUCAGAGAAGUCAUGAGGAUGAAAGCAAGCGAUCUAGAAAUCUUAAGAAACGAAUUCAAAGAAAAGGUCAAAGCUGCAGGCAGAGACUCUGAAGCUCUCUCACAAAUCCAGCAAGAAGAAACUGAAGCACUAAAUAGAAUUGAUUAUCACUAUAUGAAGCAGCUAGAAAGCUCUCAAGAAGACGCUUGGAGAAAACAAUCAGAAAAAAAUCAGCAAGAGCUGUUAUCUCUUAUAGACCAUCAGCUUGGAGAAAUGAGAAAAUAUGCAAACAGCCAAGGACCAAACCAAGGAUCUGAAGAUUUAGAACUGAAACUCCAACAAGAACGGCAAAGGGUCGAAGAUGAAGGCCAGAGAAAAUUGAACGAGCUUAAUAAGAGAAAAGAAGAAUUAGAAGCUUUAAGAGCACAAAAACAAAAAGAACUAGAAGAAAUGAUCAUGAGAGAAAAAAGACAUGAAGAAAUGGAAAACAGAAGACAACUUCUGAUUGAGAAGAAAAGAGCACUGAUGGAAAAACAGCGCAAAAUCAGAGAAGAACUGCAAAAAAGAGGCCAGCUAACCUCUGAACAAAUGGAAAGACUAAUCAGUGAGCAUCAAAGAGAACUUUCUGCAUUAGAAAGCGCCAUUGCAAGAGAAAGAGAUAGACAAAUGGCUUUGAUGAGCCAAAAACUUGCAGAGAGAAUGCAAAGGAAGAAUGAAUAUGAAAUGACUGUACAAAGAAUGAAAGAAGAGCAAAGCAGAUGGCAAAAAGAAAUGGAAGAGUUGCCAGGGAUCACAAAUAAACAAGCCACUACAUUAUUACUUAAAUGGAGAAGGUACCCGAAGAGAGGCAUCAAAGAUAUUGAAAAGACACUGAGAACUGUUGAGCCAGCUGAAAGGCAACUGCCUGUUGUGGCUAAGAUGGAAGAUGCCCCUGUGGUAGAUUCAAAUGAUCCAAGGCUGGAUGAGCUAGUAGCGAAGGUGGACAGGAUUGAAAAGAUCGUCAAAAAUGUGGACUCAACACAGUUUGAGAACGCGAUUAAAGCGCUUGAAGAAUUGGAAAGGACAAUUAAGUCGGUUAAGUCUCUAUAA